AUGAGGUCAGCGGCAGUCUCUCUGGGGCUGAUCGGCGGCAUCUCCGCCCUUGGAAUUCCCCUCCCUGAGACCUUCGAACAACAGCCUCUCGGCGAUGCGCAGAAACUCCUCGUGAGCUCUGAAGAGCUGCAAGGCCAGAUCCAUGUGAGCAACCUUCUCGAUAGGGCCAAAGUUUUGUUUAGCCUGGCCGAACGCGGAAUAGAUGAAUACAACCAUCCGACUCGUGUGAUUGGCAGCAAGGGUCAUCUGGGAACUUUGGACUAUAUCUACUCUACUAUUGUAGAGCUGGGCGACUACUACGACGUUACAAACCAGUCCUUCCCUGCUGUUUCGGGCAAUGUUUUCGAAUCCCGCCUCGUCCUUGGACAUGAGGUGCCAGCAUCAGCCCGCCCCAUGGGACUAACGCCCCCAACCAAGAACAAGGAACCUGUCUACGGCCCACUGGUCCUCGUGGAUAAUCUGGGAUGUGAGGCGGCUGAUUACCCUGCUGAGCUUGCUGGUGCAAUUGCCUUAAUCCAACGCGGUACUUGUCCUUUCGGCACCAAAUCAGAACUGGCCGGGAAAGCGGGUGCAGUUGCCGCAGUGGUUUACAAUAACGAGCACGGGGAGGUCAGCGGGACGCUGGGAACCCCUUCGCCGAACCACGUUGCUACGUUUGGUAUAUCUGAUACGGACGCCGCGCCCUACGUGAAGGAGCUUAAGGAGGGCAAGAAGGUCGAUUCGAUUGCUUAUAUCGAUGCAACAGUUGACACAAUCAAUACCACCAACAUUAUCGCGCAGACAAAGGGAGGAGACCCUGACAACUGUGUAAUGCUCGGAGGCCACAGUGAUAGCGUCGCGGAAGGACCUGGCAUUAACGACGACGGUUCUGGGACCCUGACUCUCCUUGAAGUUGCGACUCAACUGAGUAAAUAUGACGUGAACAACUGCGUACGCUUCGCAUGGUGGGCAGCGGAGGAAGAGGGUUUGCUGGGCUCCGACUACUACGUUUCUGUUCUUAGCGAAGAGGAAAACCUAAAGAUCCGCCUUUUCAUGGAUUAUGACAUGCUGGCGUCGCCCAACUUUGCCUACCAAGUCUACAAUGCUACGAACGCGGUCAAUCCCGUUGGAUCCGAAGAGCUGCGUGAUCUCUACGCCGAAUUUUACAUUGAUCAUGGACUCAACUUCACCUAUAUUCCGUUCGAUGGGAGGAGCGACUACGAUGGUUUCAUUCGAAACGGCAUCCCUGGCGGUGGCAUCGCUACUGGUGCAGAAGGCGUGAAAACUGCCGACGAGCAGGAGAUGUUCGGGGGAAUUGCAGGAAACUGGUAUGAUCCAUGCUACCACCAGUUGUGUGAUGACCUUGGCAACGUCAACGCGACUGCUUGGGAGAUUAAUAGCAAGCUGGUUGCCCACACUGUUGCCACGUAUGCAGUGUCGUUUGAAGGCUUUCCGGAGCGGACGGGUACCAACGCCAAGUCAAUGGAGCUCGAGAAGCGCAAGUACCACGGCCCUAAGCUACUCAUGUAA